AUGGGCUCUCUUACAGCGGAUCCGUAUGAUGCUGACCAAGACUCUGCAUCUGACGUUGAGCAAUCUUCAAACACAGCUGGAAAGACUGCUCAUCUAGCGAAAUCACCACAGCACCAAUCCGAAAGAACUUUGUUCUUCCUCAAGAAAGCCAACCUCUCUCCUCCAUCUCACAUACCAAAAUUGGCCGGACAGUCUGUGCCACAAACCUUUGACCCACUACCUAUCAACGCUGAUAAGGCACGACUCUUGCUUGCUCGGCUAUCUGACUGUAAACCGUCGGAAUCACAUCCACGAUACAAAUGGUUGCCUCAAAGUCGUCGAGAAAGAGGCAAUGAUGACGCCAGAAGUUUCAAGAAGCAUGAUGUUGCGCAGGCUUUCGACAAGGUCUUAUUCUAUACGCCACUCGAGCCAUCUGAUGUUGCACAAGCUGUUUUAUCAUUUGCACCAGGGACAUCUCUGUACGAGCUUUGGUCUCACCUCCACGAUCCCAAACUGGAAGAGAAGACGAAAAGUCGUCUAAAGAGGAUGUCAAGUCGACUCAGGCUGUCGCAGAUGCCCAAGAUGCCAAGUGAGCCUUGGUCAUGGUUGGACAGGAUGACUGAGGUAGAAGAUCCUGGCUAUAUCCGCUUGAUGUGCCAAGCAGGAUUGAGACAGGAAGGGUUGAAUCGGAUCCUCGGUGCCGCUUUACCAAAGCAUCCGUUGUCUGCCAUUGAAAUCCUUCUUAGCUACGGUGCUGUUGCCUCAGAUUGCAGAGAGGCUGUUCGAGAGCGUUCGAGGCAGGAAGAUACUGCUCUGGUGAGACUUCUGUUGUCCACUCCAGAUGCAAUGAGCGUUGAAGCCUGGCGGUACUGCAUAGAACCGUACGCUGAGAGCUCGCCUGAUGCGCUUUUGCUUUGUCUGGCACAUCGUCCGGAUGUGGUUUGCGGAACCCUACUGCUGCAAGCACUGGAAGCAGAAAACUUUUCAGCCACUGCAAUCAUAAUUGCAUACGCAGACUCAGAUGAAAGAUUCUGCGACAUUCAUCAGCGUGCAUGCGAAUUGACCACAAAGAUUGAGCCUCCACAAAGAAGGUAUGGAUUCUUCAUGAUACUCAUCGAGUCUGGAUGCGUAAAAGACAGUCUUGAGCUGCGUGUGGAACUUCUGAAAGAUGUAAAACUUCGCCAGUUUUCCCUGAUCAAGGCCUUGACGAGCGCCGGUGUCAAGUUGGACGUCGAGCCGAAUAAUGUGAUCUCCUGGGCCAUCUCCCAAAUGGAUUUGGAACUUUUGGAGCUGAUCAGAGACGGUGAUAUCACCUCGCCUGUUUCUCCGUUAUUGAAACUUGUACCUCCUUCCACCUCUGAACAAGAUAUGAUAUAUCUCUUGCACCUUCUAUCGCCGUUGGGUCUGACAGGCGAGCCAUUGCAUUUGCAUCUGGUCCGCGCCGUUGAACAACAUCAUGUUCGACUGGUGGAGAAAUUACUACAAAUUGGCGCAUCGGUCGAAUACGAUCAUGCUUCCGCUGUCCGCGCCGCCAUUGCCGGAGCGCACUUCGACAUCCUUGACAUCUUGCUUCGAAAGAUAAUCUCGUCAGGAGCUAUCUCAGGUACCAUAAAUACUGCCAUGGACCUAGCAUCCAGGCGUGAUAGAUUUCAAGCGAUGGUAGCCCUUCUGAAGAAGGGUGUCCCAGCCACGAGGCUUGCACUUCCGUUACGCACUCUAGUCGCUGAUGAGGGCGAGGUGGACCUCGAGUUGAUCCAGCUAUUCCUUCGACACAAGGCACCUGUGGACACUGAUGGCAGCCCUGGCGAGAGUAGCACCUCAAUAACCGCACGNAAAGGGGACGUGUUGCUACUCCGGUUGCUGUGCGAUGCUGGUGCUCAUUGUAAAGGUCUUUCCGAAGCCGUUCUGGUUGCUUUCAACACGAUAAAUACCCACCCUUACAAUGUCGUGCAAAGUAUGGUCGAAAUCUUACUGAACAAAGGGGCCUGUGGCACGCCCCUUCAUAAAACCCUUCUCUGCGCUGCUAAGAGCGACGACCGAUUGCAUAUCGUGCACCUCCUGAUCAAGAAUGGUGCGAAAGCAAACUACAAGUCUGGUGCUUGUUUUGCUCUUGCAAUCAAGCUGAGAAGGUCUGACUUACUCAGAAUACUGUGUCGCAGUUGUCCACCUAGUCAGAAGAGCAUGGAGUCUGUUUUGUCUCUCGCGAUUGAUGCUCGCUACUACAACUUGCCCGAUUUGGAAAUUCUCCUCAGCUCGACCUCUUCUGCUACUGUUGUUUUAAGCUCUUGGGAUUCUGACCAGCUGAGGGGCAAUCCUAACAUCACUAGUAUUAUACCUUGCUUACUAAAGCACGGGCUUGAUGUUGAUGUGCAAGACGGUUUUCUGCUCCGACUAGCGAUUCAAAAGAAGAAAAUCGACCUGCUUCGCACAACCCUCGAUGCCAAUCCGAACAUCAAGAGUCUAAGAUCGGCAUUUCGUACAGCUAACGGUGCCCAGAUGAAUAAUGUCAACAUUGAGGUCUUGAAACUCCUUCUAGAAAAGGCAGAGUCGUCUGAAGUAGGACAGUCAGAAGCACUCACAAAGUACACACGACUUGCGCUACUUGGCAAUCCGGAAGGACUCAAACUCCUUCUACGGUAUNNGGGGGCCAAAGCCGACUACGAUGACGGAAAUGCUCUCCUAACAGCAGCAUCUUCAGAGUCACUCAAUGUCGUCGAGCUUUUGCUGUCCUCGCAGCCUGCCCCAUCUACUGUGAAGCGAGUAUGCCUCUUAGUGGGAUCUGCCAAGUCGAACACAGCUCAGAAGUCUAAAAUCCUGGACUUGCUUCUAAACGCGAACGGUGGAUUUUCUGUCGAGGAUAUGUCGGCACUACUUGAUGACUGUAUCGCUUGUACCCACGAAAGCGUUCAGCUUCCGAAAAUCCUGUUGGCGCGAGGCGCAGAGGUCAAGUUCGAAUCCCUUAAAACGGCAAUGGCGAGAUCGUCUCCAGAACUCGUCGUGGCUAUGAUCGACUUCAUCAAAGAUCGCAAUACACUCAUGCGAUUGUUCGAACAAGCUCGGAUGACUCUUCAUACCCCUGACAGAGCCUUUUUGAUCUAUCAGUGUCUGUUAAACAGAGAUACCGCGCUGGGCAACCCCACUCCCGAAGCGACUCUGCAUGUUGCCCUUCUGGAAGCCAUCAGCCAAGGUUCUUCAACCCAAACCAUUGUGCAGCUUCUUCUCCAGAAAGGAGCAAAUCCGAACAAGAACAAAGCUGGAUGUUUUGUCUUGGCUGCUAAAGCGGGAAAUGAAGCCCAGUUCCGCAUUCUGAGUCAGUACGCGAAGUUAGACGUGGUUCUACCAGCACUUUUGGGCAGCCUACAAGAGGAAAGUCGAAUCGUGCGGUGGUUUCGCAUAUGCCUCAAGAGAAAGCACGCAGGAGUACUCGUUGACCAAGACAAGCUACUUUUUGGUUGCCUUCGCAAGUUCCCCAACGGCACAAAGCUUUUAAAACUACUCCUUGACAAUGGUAUCUCUGCUUCUGCGACACUGAGUUACAGCUUUCACGGGAAGCGUGAAGAAUGUACAGUACUCGUAUGGGCCAUUUUUCGGAAGCCAAAGAUUGGGAAUGAUACCAUACUCACAUUGAUAGAAAAGGGUGGCCACAACGGUCUGUCACAAAACAGUAUGACUAACUCGAGGGAUUAA